GAAGUUGACAUCACUCUAUUUCCCAUCGCCACGCUCCAUGUCCCCCGCUCCCCUUGCUGUAGCGAGGUGACGCUCGCUGUGCAAGGCUCCAGAGGGAGGAGACCCGCUCGUUAGGCCCGAGACGAGGACAUCACGUGAUUUUUUUUUUGGCACCGUGCUUUUUUCCGCGCCGCUGGUCGUGCUAACGUGGGCGGGGUAUUGUUGAUCGGCAGUUUCGAGGGCGAAAAAGGCGGUGAGGGGUAUCAUUGUGCGAGGGGAGGGUGUGCGACAUCCGCGGCGUGUGCGGCAUUGCCUCCGCGACGAGGAAGAAUGGCGCCCAUCAAAGUGUUCACGGCGCCAACUCCGAACGCUCACAAGAUUGUGGCGGCUUUGGAAGAGCUGGGGCUGGAAUACGAGGUGCAACCCGUGGCCAUCUUCCAGGGCGAGCAGUUCAGCGACGAGUAUAAGAAGGUCAAUCCGACGGGCAGGAUUCCCGCGAUCAUCGACGAAGACGGACCAGGUGGGGAGCCCAUCACUGUGUGCGAGACGGGAGCGAUCCUUCUGUACCUGGUCCAGAAAACCGGCAAGCUUCUUCCGACCGAUCCCCGCAAGAGAUGUGAAGCCUUGCAGUGGCUCUUCGCUGUGGUGACGGGCAUCGCCAUAUCAGUCCGGGAGUUCGCCCACUACACCAUGUUCGCUGCGGAGAUGUGCGCUGACCCUUAUCCCACGCAGCGGUACGUGGGCGAGACUGAGAGAGUACUCGCCGUUCUCGAGGAGCACCUCAAGGAUGGGAAGGAGUACAUAGCUGGAGGGGAAUUCUCCAUCGUCGAUAUCGCGAUGUACGUGUGGGUGGCGGCGAUGAUCCAGAGACGUGGCAAGAUCCAGUCCUCUAAGACCGGUGAGGAGUACGUCAACAUCACUGCAUGGGCUCAAAAACUCGCCCGAAAUCAUCCAUCCUUCGACAAAGCCGUCGCCGCUUGCGAACCCCCUCCUCCCUAGGCUUAGCGUACUUUGUUAUCAAUUGCCUUUUUUCUCCUUCUUCUCCUCCCCCCNUCUCUCUCUCUCUCUCUCUCUCUCUCUCUCUCUCUCUCUCUCUCUCUCUCUCUCUAGCGCGCGCGCUCUGUCUGUGUCUGUGCUGCUUCUAUCCGCCCACGGUGACAAGGAAGAUGUGUGACUUUCAGUAGAAGUGAAGCUGAUGCUAGUGGAGCGGAGAUGAGUUGGUUUUUGGUUCUAAUCUGGUUAUCAGAUAUAAUUGUAAAGGGUUGAAGAGGCUAUAUCGUCGGGGAGCAGGGGAACCUGCAUUAGAGGGGGAGAGUGGUUUGUAAUGCUGAGUGGGUGGAGGGGUGGGUUGCUGGGAAGCUGGACACGUUUUCCAGCAGGUCAUCAUAUUCCAGACCCUUUUUUUUUUGUUUUUUUUUUAAUGCUGCGGGCAGAUUUAUAGCAGCGGUGCAAUAUUCAAAACUUCAAAUUUCAAAG